GAAGACUUAUCAUUAUGGACUUGAACAGAUGGCGUUGAUCGGAGAAGAUCGACUCUUGGUUGAAAAGCGCAUCAACAGCGUCAGCGCUGGCGGCGCGAGCCGACCAGCGAACUGU